AUGACUACUAUUGCCACGCUGAAGCGGCUGUCGGCCAAAUCCCUCUCGGAGAAAAUAAUCGAGGAAGUCAACGCCACGGAUCCCACAUUCGCUGUCAUUGAUGUUCGGGAUAAUGAUUACAUUGGUGGCCACAUCAAGGGCUCAACAAAUAUCCCUGCGCACACUCUGGAGGCUAUGAUGCCGACUCUAGUGCGCCGCUUGAAAGACAAAAAGACAGUUGUUUUCCACUGCGCCCUUAGCCAACAGCGGGGCCCGACUGCGGCACUCAAGUACCUCCGUGAGAGAGACGGUCUGUUGCGCUCUACGGGUGAGGACCCCAAGGGAGAGAGCGGCCAGGAUGUGUUUGUGCUGGACAGAGGCUUUUCUGGAUGGCAAGAAGUGUACGGAGAGGAUGAGCGGUUGACUGAAGGUUAUGUGAAGGAUCUCUGGGAGAAUUAUUGA